UCCAUUUCUUGCUCGUCUUUCUUUUAUAAAUCAAAAACCUGAAAUUCGAGUGUGACAUUUUUCCUUCACGCAACCGAGGUGGCUUACAUUUGAGCGCACACACUCAUUUCUUGGAUUAGAAAAAAUUGAGUGGUUUCCUAAAGUUCGUGUGUGUAAAUCCUUCCUUUUUCAUAUCCAUACCAAAUCCAAAGGUAACGUAUCGUAGUCAUCCAUCUAUCUGAUUAUCCAUAUUCAGAUAGAAAGAAUGAUAGUAUCAAUAUACUAUUGUUAUGAUAUCAUGUAAAACCUCGUGGGAGGUUACUGUACCAUGAUAUUUUAGCAACCACUUUUAUGAAUCGCAGAUGGGGCGACACUCAUAGAAGUUUGAAUUGCUAAACUCUAAUUUGUACCUUUGCCAUUUGAUAGUCAAGUAAUCAAAAAUGGUCAGAGUCUCUGUUUUGAAUGAUUGUCUCAACAACAUCAACAAUGCGGAAAAACGUGGCAAGAGACAAGUUAUGAUUCGUCCUGCGUCCAAGGUCAUCGUGAAGUUUUUAUCUGUAAUGCAAAAGAAUGGUUAUAUUGGAGAAUUUGAAAUUAUUGACGACCACCGUUCUGGGAAGAUUGUUAUCCAGUUAUUGGGUCGUAUUAAUAAGUGUGGUGUUAUCUCUCCUCGUUUUAACAUCAAGAUCACUGAAAUUGAAAAAUGGACCGCAAACUUAUUACCGGCUCGUCAAUUCGGUCGCAUCGUUAUGACCACCUCCAAUGGCAUCAUGGACCACGAUGAGGCUCGUAGAGUUCACAUUGGUGGUAAAAUCCUCGGUUUCUUCUACUAAAUGUGUAGAGUGUUACAUAGCGAAGACGCGAACGGCAAACACCGGUUGUUUCAGUUUUUUGCAAAUAAUAAACAAUUUUGUAAAUAAUGAUUUAAUGAAUAUUGUAAGAAAGCUCCAUUCCUAUAUAUAUGCUGGCUUAUACAUUGUAUAUUAUCGAUACAUUUCAUAAGUGUAAGAAUUGUUAUGAAAUAUAAC